AUGACCCGGCGUCGCCCCAGCUUCUGGGCCCAGCAGGUGGCGCCCGAGGGGCUCCCCGGCGGUGGCGAUCGCCGGCGCAGAGACCCGCGGCUGCCCAGGCUGCUGCCGCCCGAGCUCCGAGCAGCCUCGGGCACGAGGGUCUUCGGGGGCUUGAGGGCCUCGGAGAGCGGCGCCGAGUGGUGGCAGGCCCCCGCGUGUGAGUCCUUGUAUUCCGAUCCCGGGCUGGGCCUCAGGCGCUCCCGGUCCCGCCUGCCGGUCCUGCCCACCGUGGCCCAGCGGCCGGCAAGGAGCCGGACAGGGCUGAGGUCGCUGCUGCUGCCGCCCCUGCUCUUGGCCGGCGAGCCCCCCGAAUCGGCGCCCGCAUGCCCCGAGCUCGGAGAGCGCGAGGACCCUCGCAGGGGCUCGGCCAAGGAGACCUCCGAUUCCUUGGGCUCCCUCCUAGGAGAAGUUCUCCCGGGCCGAUUCCGGCAGUUCCUGCGACAGUUCAGGGCUGAGUCUGCGGAACGGCUCCUCCCACCGACACCCUCAGCAUCUCAACAUCAAAGGCAUCCUACGUCAGAGUUCAACGGAAGUCCUCCUCGGUGUUCCAGCUCCCACUUCCUCCCAGACGUUGGGGGCCGGUCAUCCUACCUCAAGAAUAGCCUUAAGAAGAUUUUACUUCAUCAGACACCUGUCCUGGGGCCCUUGAGUAGAGAUUACCCGCAGUUCACCACGGUCAAGGCCAAUCCGCCCCAGGCUACCCAUGCCCCCAAGCUCAAGGCUGUGCUCACCCACAGCUCCUCGGGGGAAGGCCCAGGGCGCCGCAGGCGAUGCUGCCCUUUCCGAGUGAGAUUCGCUGACGAGACGCUGAGGGACACAGCGCUCCGUUACUGGGAACGGAGCUGUGCUGCCCGGCAGGGCAUCUUCGAGAACAGGACAGCCAAGCCCCGGUCGACAGCAUCAGAUCGGGUGUUCGGGAGUGUCGGGAGAUGGCUGGAGAGCUUGCCCAAAGCCCUGUGCUCAAGGGCCAAGGAGGAGACUGCGGCCAGCCCCUUCAGCUGGGACUUCCCUGGCCUGUCUACCCUGGAGCCGAAAGGCCACCUCUCUGAGGACACUUCCAUGAACAGCAGCCUGCCCUUCAUCCCCAGGGCCACCACCCAGAGGCAGCGGGGGGACCUCAAAACCUUUCUGGAGCAGGUGGGCAAAUCGCCCUGUUCCUGGAGUCAGAAGCUGGAGUCCUUCCUGCCCAGCGUGGUGCUGCACACGGUCCUGAAACGAGGCUGCCCCAAGGGGUACCAGCUCCUCCUGCCGUCAGCAUCACAUCGCAUCCAGAGGUGAAUGGUCACUCUGGGUGUCCAAGCCCAGCCAUGGACAUGGGUGAGGGGUGAGGAGAGGCCUUCCCUGACCCACAAAUAAACGCGCAUCCCAGGUGGCUGGUGUCCGCUGUUGGGUCUCACCCUGCAAACCUUUCCAGGUGCCUGGUUGCUAGUCUUCGGGGGUCCUGGACCAAGGGGUACGGAAGGGGUAGGGUCACAGAAGAUGAGGGAGUGAGGCAUCUUUAGGGGCCAGGCUUCUUCCAAGUGAACCAUUCUGGGAGGUGGGAGACCCUGCCAUACACCUCAAACCGGGAACCAGGCCUCUGUCAACCUAGAUCAGCCCACACCUGAAACAGGCAUCUGCUCUGAACCACCCCACCCCCUCCAUCUUUGACUGGAACCAAAGGCUGCUUGUUGUUGGGAGAGGACCUUCUUCCAACAACACAAGAGAUGACUCUACACAUGAACAUCACCAGGUGGUCAAUGCAGAAAUCAGAUUGAUUAUAUUCUUUGCAGUCGAAGAUAGAGAAGCUUUAUACAGUCAGCAAAAACAAGACUGGAAGCUGACUGUGGCUCAGAUCAUGAACUCCUAUUGCAAAAUUCAGACCUAAAUUGAAGAAAGUAAGGAAACCACUAGACCAUUCAGGUAUGACCUAAAUAAAAUCCCUUACAAUUAUGCAGUGGAAGUGACAAAUAGAUUCAAGGGAUUAGAUCUGAUAGACAGAUGAUCUGAAGAACUGUGGAUGGCGGUUUGUAACACUGUACAGGAGACUGUGAUCAAAACCAUGCCCAAGAAAAAGAAAUGCAAAAAGGCAAAAUGGUUGUCUGAGGAGACUUUACAAAUAGCUGAGAAAAGAAGAGAAGCGAAAGACAAAGGAGAAAUGGAAAGAUAUGCCCGUCUGAAUGCAGAGUUCCAAAGAAUAGCAAGGAGAGAUAAGAAAGCCUUCCUAAGUGAUCAAUGCAAAGAAAUAAAGGAAAACAAUAGAAUGGGGAAGACUAGAGAUCUCUUUAAGAAAAUGAGAGAUACCAAGGGAAUAUUUCAUGCAAAAUGGGCACAAUAAAGGACAGAAAUGGUAUGGACCUAACAGAAGCAGAAGAUAUUAAGAAGAGGUAGCAAGAAUACACAGAAGAACUAUACAAGAAAGAUCUUAAUGACCCAGAUGACCAUGAUGGUGUGACUACUCACCUAGAGCCAGACAUCCUGGAAUGUGAAGUCAAGUGGGCCUUAGGAAGCAUCACCAUAAACAAGGCUAGUGGAGGCAAUGGAAUUCCAGCUGAGCUAUUUCAAAUCCUGAAAGAUGAUGCUGUGAAAGUGCUGCACUCAAUAUGCCAGCAAAUUUGGAAAACUCAGCAGUGGCCACAGGACUGGAAAAGGUCAGUUUUCAUUCCAAUGCCAAAGAACGGCAAAGCCAAAGAAUGCUCAACUACUGCACAAUUGCAUUCAAUCCCACAUGCUAGCAAAGUAAUGCUCAAAAUUCUCCAAGAUAGACUUCUAAAGUACAUUAACCAAGAACUUUUAGAUGUUCAAGUUGGAUUUAGAAAAGGCAGAGGAACCAGUGAUCAAAUUGCCAACAUCCAUUAGAUCAUAGAAAAAGCAAGAGAAUUCCAGAAAAACAUCUGCUUCAUUGACUACACUAAAGUCUUUGACUGUGUGAAUCACAAGAAACUGUGGAAAAUUCUUCAAGAGAUGGAAAUGUCAGACCUCCUUACCCGCCACCUGGGAAAUCUGUAUGCAGGUCAAGAAGCAACAGUUAAAACUGUUCAAAACUGGGAAGGGAGUACGUGAAGGCUGUAUGUUGUCACCCUGCUUAUUUAACUUCUAUGCAGAGUACAUCAUGAGAAACACUAGGCUGGAUGAAGCACAAGCUGGAAUCAAAGAUUGCCAGGAGAAAUAUCAAUAACCUCCGAUAUGCAGAUGACACCACCCUUAUGGCAGAAAGUGAAGUGAAGUCGCUCAGUCAUGUCUGACUCUUUGCAACCCCAUGGACUGUAGCCCACCAGACUCCUCAGUCCAUGGAAUUUUCCAGGCAAGGAUACUGGAGUGGGUUGCCAUUUCCUUCUCCAGCUUCAGGAUAAGGGACUUGCUAAGCGUUGCUGGCAGAAAGUGAAGAGGAACUAAAGAGCCUCUUGAUGAAAGUGAAGGAGGAGAGUAAAAAAAACUGGCUUAAAACUCAACAUUCAAAAAAACUAAGAUCAUGGCAUCCAGUCCCAUCAUUUCAUGACAAAUAGGUUGAAAACAAUGGAAACAGUGAGAGAUUUUAUUUUCUUGGGCUUCAAAAUCACUGCAGAUGGUGACUGCAGCCAUGAAGUUAAAAGACGCUUGCUCCUUGGAAGAAAAGCUAUGACAAACCUAGACACAUAUUAAAAAGCAGAGACAUUGCUUUACUGACAAAGAUUUGUAUAGUCAAAGCUGUGGUUUUUCCAGUUGGAUCAUAAAGAAGGCUGAGCGCCAAAGAAUUGAUACUUUUAAACUGUGGUGUUGAAGAAGAUUCUUGAGCAUCCCUUGAACGGCAAGGAGGUCCAACCAGUCCACCCUAAAAGAAAUCAGUCCUGAAUAUUCAUUGGAUGGACUGAUGCUGAAGCUCCAAUACUUUGGCCACCUGAUGCAAAGAACUGACUCGUCGGAAAAGACCCUGAUGCUGGGAAAGAUUGAAGGCAGGAGGAGAAGGGGACGACAGAGGAUGAGAUGGUUGGAUGAAAUGGCCCAUCAACGACUUGAUGGACAUGAGUUUGAGCAAGCUCAGAGAGUUGGUGAUGGACAGGGAAGCCUGGUGUUCUGCAGUCCGUGGGGUCGCAGAGUUGGAGAUGACUGAGCGACUGAACGGAAAGGCUGCUUGUGGAACUCCCUGAUAGGGUAAGGGCAUCCAGACUGUGGCAGAAGGGAGAAGCAUUCGUCUUCUGCGUUCCCCAGGCCAGGUUUUCACCAUCUGGUCACUGGAGGGCAAGCAUCUGGGUGGGCAGGGGCCAGAUGUUUCUGUCCUAGUUGGGGCGGGGAUUGGUACCGGGAGUGGGGGAGUGUUUGGAGUCAUUUCAGGAGGUGGUGAAAGACAAGGUGGCAGGAACCGCCUGGAGUCCUCCUGACGCUGCACUGACCCAGCAGCGCCACCUGCUUCUGCCUGUGUGCCCGCCUUGGCCCUGCCACACACCUGCGUGCCCGCCGCUGGGCAGAGUUCAGCCCCCUCCCUUCUUGAAGCCGCGCUGCGGCGCCGACCCCUCACCAAGGCCAGCGUCGAGGUCUCUUUCGCCACCUCCUGGCCACCGAGGGAACAGCCACGGAACCCACACCCAGUGGGUGCACUGCUGAAGACGAAGGGAUGGGAUUUGGGCUGGACGGGCCGCAGGGAAUCUUGGGACCAGGACGUGUUGUGGAUGGAGGAGGGCGCUGUUUCC